AUGGAAUCCAAUGGUGAAAGCGAACGAGUGGUGCUUAACGGAGGAAAACAUGUUAUGCUCUCUUACAAUUGGAAUAGUCAAACUAUUGUAUCUCAAAUAUACCAAAUUCUAAAAGAUGAAUCUAUUCCAAUUUGGUUUGAUAUACAAGGAGAUAUGAAACAGAAUAUAUACGAUAGUAUGGCUGAUGGAAUAGAAAAUGCUGCAGUUGUUUGUUGUUUUUUAACGCCAGAUUACCAAAAAUCUGAAAACUGUAAACUUGAAUUACAAUAUGCAAAAAAACGAGGCAAACGUAUUAUUCCAUGCAUGCUUGGCGAUAAAUCUUGGAAACCAUCAAGUUGGCUAGGGUUGAUAACUGCUGGAGAUCAAUAUAUAAACUUCCGAGAUCAAUCUUCAGAGAAUAUUCAUUCAAAAACCAAACAAUUAAUAGAUCGAAUAAAAGAACAAUGUUCAAUUGUGCAAACAGUCGAUGAACCAAGUUAUCUUUUUGAACUAAUUAAACUUAAUUAUAAACGAAACAAUCGUAUUGAACAAAUAAUGAAUCCAGCACAAUCUUUUUCUAUUGAACAAAGUUAUAUUAACUUAGCUAUCGUUGAAAUUAAAGAACAGCAAGAAACAGAAAAAAAACUUCGAAAUGCUCAAUAUAAUGAUACAAUUAUUGGUACUUUUGAACAGAUCUAUGGUACGAAAACUGUUGUUGAUAUUAGCAAUAUUUUUAAUAAGUGCAAAGAUCAAACGAAAAAUGUUCUCGUACUUGGACGAGCUGGAAUUGGUAAGUCAAUAUUUUGUCAAUAUAUUGCUUACAAGUGGGCUACAGGUGAAAUAUGGUCACAGUAUGAUCUACUUAUUUUGUUUCCAUUACGAUCUUUAAAUGAAAGUCGUUAUCCACCAUUAUCACCUGGAAUAAACUAUUCUCUAAUUGAUCUAGUAAAAAAAGAAUAUUUUGGUGAUGAACUUUCUGAAAACGAUGAUAAACUCUUAAAAGAACAGUUUAAUAGAAGUAAAAUUUUAUGGAUUUUGGAUGGCUAUGAUGAAAUUGUGCAGAAUGUGCCAGAACAUUUACGUUACCUAUUCGAACAAUUACUUAAGACGCCACAUCACAUCAUAACAUCUCGUCCCUAUUUAAACACUUUGUCGUAUGCAGUGCAACUGGAAAUUACAGGUUUUACAGAUGAUAAUAUUGUGGAAUAUGUGAAACAAUUCUUUGAUCAAACAUCGACAAGUGAAAAACUAUUAAGCUUUCUAAAACUGAAUCCUAGCAUAUGGGGUAUUGCACAUAUACCAAUUAGUCUAGAAUUAAUUUGUAGUGUUUGGAGUGAUACUGAUUGGUCUGAAACAAAGACUUUAACCAUCACAGCAUUGUAUGAUUACAUUACAGAAUGGCUGUGUCGACGAUUUUUGACUAAACAAAAUACUGAUAUUCAAAUGAGUAAAGACGAUGUUUAUAUAGAUUGUCAAAAAGAAUUGAUAUUUUUGGAAACGUUAGCAUUUAGAGGAAUGGAAAAUAACACGAUUAUUUUACGAAAAGAAUUACUGCAAAAAGUUUUGAAGGAAACUGAAUAUUCAUCAAAAAAUUAUGCACGCUUACUCAAUAUUGGUAUUCUAAAAUCUAUUAAUGACAAGUCAUUUGGCAAUCAGAUCGAAGUACAGAAAGAUCAUUAUUUUAUUCAUUUAAGUUUCCAAGAACAUUUUGCAGCACGAUAUUUAACCAAUGCUCUCAAUGGUCCAAAACGUCAAAUAGCUAUUGAUUUUAUUAAUACUCAUAAGUACAAUCAACGUUUUCAAUUGGUAUUUACCUUUACAUCCGGUCUUCUUCUUCAGUCUGAUCAUCAACCAUCUAUUGAUACAUUUUGGAACACCAUACUAGGAGAACCUUUGGAUUUAGUUGGAUUGCGACAUACACAAUUAAUUAUGUCUUGCAUGGAAGAGACUAGUGUUAGUAGCAACUCAAAUCUUGGUCAACAUACCGAAAUAAUGUAUCUGAUAGCAGAUGCAAUGAUAAUUGCCACAUCCAUGAAACACAUUACUAUUUACGAUCACCUUUUACAAUCAAUGCAAAGAAGUAUUUCGUUAGUAAAUGACCCAAUCAUACAAGACACACUUAUUAAAUUGUUGGAAAAUGGUGAGCCAUAUACAACAAAAAGUGUACUUUCAUUGAUUGCACAACUAUCACUUUCAAAUCCAUCAACUCAACUCAUUCAAGUACUAUUGUUGCACUUUGAUGAUCCCGAAUGGCAUACCAGACAGAUAGUAUGUGAUGCUUUCGAAAAAAUGGGUAGUAAAGCAGCAACAGAUGAAGUGAUAUAUAAGUUGACGUCGGCAUUACAUGACACAAAUGCUACUGUCCGAGCGAAUGCCUGCGGUGCUCUUGGGAAAAUCGGUAAAGAUACAGCAACAGAUAGUGUUACAAGUAGAUUAGUAGCUGCGCUUGCAGAUGAUAAUGAAUAUGUUCGACGAAGAGCAUGUGAAGCCCUGGGAGAUAUUGGUGCAAAAGCAGCAAUAAAUGAUGUCAUGCAUAGAUUAUUGGGUGUUCUCGAAGAUAAAAGUGGGGAUGUUAGAUGGAGAGCAUGCGAAGCACUUGGAAAAAUGGGUGAAAAAGCGGCAAUCGACACUGUACUGAAUAGAUUGAUAAUCGCACUUGGAGACCUAAAUGUGGAUGUUAGAAAAAAAGCACGCGAAGCUCUGGAGAAAAUGGGUGAAAAAGCAACAAACAAAAUUAUUCUGAAUAGAUUAUUGACUGCACUUGGAGAUGCAGACACCAAUAUCCGGCGAAGCGCUUGCAUAGCUUUAGGCGAAAUGAAUGAAAAAAUAGGAACAAACGAUGUAAUUUAUAGAUUGCUAAGUGCACUACACGAUGAGAGUGCAGAUGUCAGAGAAAAUGCAUGCAAAGCUCUUGGACAAAUGCAUGAAAACACAGCGAUCGAUGAUGUUAUUAGUGGACUAGUGAUUGCACUACGAGACGAAAAUAAUAACGUCAGAUGGAGUGCAUGUCAGGUGCUUAGGAGAAUGGGUGAAAAGGUACCAAUCAAUGAGAUAAUCGAUGGGUUGGUAAGUGUACUUCGCCAUGAAGACUGGAGCGUUAGACAGAAUGCAUGUAAAGCUCUUGGAGAAAUAGGUGAAAAAGCAGCAACUGAUACUGUAAUUACUGGACUAGUGGCUGCAAUUGGAGAUGAAUAUGGAAAUGUCCAAGAGACAGCAUGCCAAGUACUUGGAGACAUGGGUGAAAAAGUAGCAACGGAUGAGGUGAUCAAUACGCUAAUCAUUGCACUUGGAAAUACGUGGUCAAAUGUCAGAGAAAAUGCAUGGGAAUCUCUUAGAAAAAUGGGUGAAAAAGUAGUAAUCAAUGAUCUAAUAAAUAGACUAUUAGUUGCGCUUGGUGAUGAGAAGUAUAAUGUUAGAUCCACGGCCUGUCGAGCUCUGGGACAAAUUAGUAAAACAGUAGCGACUAAUGAUGUAAUCCAAGGGAUACUGAAUGCAUCGAUGGAUGAAAAUCCAUAUGUUAGACGAACAGCAUGUGAAACACUUGGUCAGAUGGGCGAACAAGCAGCAACUAACGAUGUUAUGAAUAGACUUAUAUGUCUCUUGAAAGAUGAGAACAUAGAUAACAGAUGUCGAGCAUGUGAAGCUUUUGGUCAAAUGGGGGAAAAAGCAGUAACUAAUGACGUUCUUAAUGGAUUGGUGACUGCAAUUACAGAUGAAAAUUGGAAUGUUAGUAUGAGUGCAUGUAUUGCUUUGGAGAAGAUGGGUGAAAAAGCAGCAACUGAUACGGUGAUCAGUGCAUUGGUGGGUGCACUUGGGAAUCAAAUGAGUCAUACGAGAAGAAAAGCAUGUGAAGCUCUCGGGAAAUUUGGUGAGAAAGUAUUGACCGAUGAGAUAAUUAAUGGACUGGUGACCGCUCUAUGGGAUAAGAAUACGGGUGUCCGAGAGAGCGCGUGUCAAGUUUUCGAACGAAUCGGUGACAAAGUAGCUACUGAUGGAGUGAUCAGCGGAUUGUUAAAUGCCCGUCGUGGUGUCUUUGGAUGUAGUGCAGCUAACGAAGCACUCGAAAAGAUUUUCCUUUCGUUUUCGAUGUUAACACAAUUGUCCGCAGAUACAAUUUCGAAACUUGCCGAAAACAUGAAGCAAGGCUAUUUAGAGAACUUACGAACUGUUCCUCCAGAUCAAUUUCUGAAAGUAUUCCUGCAUACAAAAAAUACUAUGUGGCUGUCUGUGGUAACUAUCAGUGCACUAUUACAAGGAAAUGCAGUUACUACUACUAACAAUACUAUUAUGAUCUAUGGACGUCAAGAGCCAAUUCGAAUAACUGUUUCAGAUGAAAUUCUACUUAAAGAAUUAAUCAAUGCUUUUAAUCAGCAGAAAGAAGAACUUCAGUUACCUUUGAAACUUCCAAUGAAAUCAAGAGCGGUCUCUGCUGUAUGCGUUCUAAUGUAA